AUGAAUGCAAGAAUAAAUUUCUUCGAAAAGGUCAAGAAAACUGAAAUAAGGGAAAUUGAAAAAAAGUUAAUACAUAUUCAUAAAACAGUUUUAUCAAAUUUUAUUAGCUCUUAUAAUUUAAAUAAAGAAAAAAUAAUUGCUUGUUGGAAAAAAUGUCAUAUAUAUGAAACAGAUGUAAUAGAUAAUAUAAUUUUAUUUUUUGAAAAUUAUAAGAAUUUUGCAAUAUUCAAUGAAACGAAUAUAUCAAUUGGUAAAUAUUUUAUGUAUUUAAAUAUUUACUUGAAAAAUGUAAAAAUUAAAAAAAAUCCAUUUAGGGCAAUAAAACUACAUAUUUUUAAUAAUAAUAAAUGGAAAGAUAAAUUAAUAUUUCAAUUUUUAAAAGAUAUUUUUUUAAAUGAUGAAAAUUACACGGAUUGUAAAACAUUGGUAAUAGAAAAUUUAAUUAAUAAUUAUGAUAUAUUUAGUGAUCAUAUAAAAUAUGUGUAUAUCAGUAUUUUAAGAUACAUUAAUGAAAAUUUAAAAAUAUCUUUUUUAAAAAAAAAUCAAAAUUAUUUAAAUAUUUUUGCGAAUUUUCUAAUUACUUUUAAUAGUAAUGCAACAAUAGAAUUAAAAACAGAUAUACUUAAAAUUUUCUUUUUUAUUUCUAAAAAUUUAAAAAAAAUUUUAUUACAAUUUCCGUUUGAUAAAGAUAUAUGUACACAUGUAUGCUUAAUACACCAACAAAUUAAAAAUAUUAUAAAUAAUUAUGAAACUAAUAUAAAUAAUAUUUUAAAUAAUAAAGAAAGAUUUUAUUACAUAGUUGAGGAAAAUUUUAAUGAAAACGAGCAUUUUGAAAAAAAUAAUAGUACAGUAAAAAAUAAAAAUUAUAAAAAUUGUUUUAUUCAUAACUCGAUCAAAAAUAAUGAAAUAAAUUCCAUUAAAACUAAAUUUAACGAAUUAAAGAAGUAUGAAAUAAAAAUCAAUGAUAUUAGCAUAAAUACUGAAAUCAAAGAUGAUAAUAUAAAAAAGGAAAACACACAAAAUCAAAAAGAAGAAAAAGAAAUUGAAAAAAAAGACAUAUACGAAAAUAAUUACCAUAGAAAUGUUAGCAUAUUCAACAAAUAUGUAUUGUUCAUCGAAAAAAUAAAAAAAAUAAUAGAGAAUUGUGAUGAUAUUAUUAAAAAAAAAAAAAAAGAAAACCCUUUUUUAAUAUUAUGCAAAUAUAGAAGUAUUCUUAUUAUAAAAUAUAAAUAUAUAAUAAAUGCUAAUGUUAAUGAGAACUUUGAUUAUUUUUUGCUAUUUUUUAAAAUAAAAAACUUAUUAUGUUGUAGUAGUAAAAAUCCAGUUUUUAUAUUUAUGUGUAUAGAAAGCAUAAAUUACUGGUUACAAAAAAAUGAAAAAAUUCACUGGAUUUUUGAAGAUCUAAACAAAGAAUUUUUAAAUAAUGAAGAAGAUGAAAAAAGUAAUUCACUUUUUAAAUCAAAUAAUUGUGGAGAAGAAUUUGCACAAAAUAGUUUAUUGAACACAAAAAGUUCUUCAAAUAAAGAAAAAUACAACAAAUGUGAAUGCAUAAAUGUGGUUGAUGAAAAUCUCUCAACAAAAAUAUAUUAUAAGAAUGAUGAAAUUGAAAAUAAUUACUUAAGUGAUGGAAAUAUUGAAAACGUAAAAGAACAAAAUUAUAAAUGCCAUGUAAAAAAAAAUACAAACGAAAAUGUUCUUUCUAUAAAAAAAUUGGAAAAUAAAGAAAAUUUUGAUUUGUUAGAACUAGAUGAAAUAAUGAAUACAGAACAAAGUGUGAAAAUUAGCAAUUUAAAAAUAUACUUUAAAAAUUGUAAUUAUGAAAAGAAAAUAGAAUAUUUAAAGAAAUUGUAUACAGUUAUAAUUAGAAGUAUAUUAUUAAUAUUAAAAAAGUAUUCAUGGUAUAACAUAAAAAUAAUAUGGAAUAGUUGCAUGUGUGUUUAUGAACUUUUAUUAACUAGCAAAAAAUAUAAAUUUAUAAAAAAUGAUAUUUAUAAUAUUUUAACAUAUAUUAUUUUUAAUCAAGAAAAAAAAAAAAAAUAUUUAUGUUUGUCACUAUUAUUAAAGUAUUUUAAGAAAUCCAUGUGUGAAAAAAAUAUUUUAGAAUAUUUAUUUUACUGCUUUUUUAUAGAUGAUGAAUUCUUUAUGUCUAGCUUAUAUGAAUUAAUAAAGCAAUGUAUAAAACAUAUUUUUAUUCAUUCAGAAGAUAAAUAUUUAUUAUACUAUAUAUUUAUAAAAAAUAUUUUACUAACUAAACAUUUUUUUUUGAAAACAUUUUAUAUAAAGAAAUUUAUUGAAUUAUUUUUUAAAAAUGAUAAUAAUUAUAUAUGCUUUAUUUUAAAUAAGGAAUAUUUUUAUUUAAAAAAAUAUUUUGAUGAGCAUCAAAAGGUUAAAAUAAAAAAGGGUGAACAAAAAUAUAUACAGAAAAAUGAUCAUUUAGAUAAUGUAUUAUAUGUUAAUAAUAUUAACGAUUCUAAGGAAAUGUUAAAUGAAGAUUAUUUUCAAAUUUUAAAAAAUAAGCUAUUAGAGGAAAAUUGUCUUUCAGAAAUUAUAUAUAACAAUAUUAUUAACAAAAAGGAAGAAAAUAUCUUUUUAAAUUAUAAAAUUAUAAAUACUGAAAAAAAAGAUAAUAUAAUAAUUAAUAACAAUAAUAACUUAAAAAAAUAUUUUUUAUAUAAUUUUCAUUCUUUAGAAAAUAUAAUUUUUUUAGAAUUGUAUACAUUAUGUACAUUAAGAAAAUAUGAAUAUAUAGAAAUUGUUAACUAUAAGAAUGAUUAUUUUUAUGAAUUAAAUAAUGAUUUCUUAUUAAAUGUUAAGAUAUUAAGAAAUUUUCUUUAUUUUUCAAGUGAGGAAAUUACUUUAUCAAUUUUAUCCUUUAUAUGUGAAAACAAAUAUUUAAAUAUAUGUGACCUUUAUUUGUUUUUAACAUUUUUAUCUGUAUCAAUAAGUAAUAUAUCUAGAAUGAGCAGAGAUUCAUAUAAAAAAUAUAUUUCACUUUUUUUUGAAAAAUUUUUUAUAUUCUAUCAAAGAAUGAUUGAAUUAGAAAAAAAAAGAAAAAUAGUUUACACAAAAAAAAAAGAACAAGAAGUAAUGAAAAAAAAUGAAGGUAAUGAAAAUAAUGAAAAAUAUAAUGAAAAUGAAGAAAUAUAUGAAGAAUGUAAUAACUAUUCUAAAAAAAAUGUUCAUGGAAGUUAUAUGAAUAUGAAAAAAGCUAUUUCAUUUUUAUUUGGCCCAAACUUAUUAAGUGAAGAUAUGUAUCAAAAAAAUGGUUAUUCAUCUUGUAUAUUUUAUUUAUCAAAUAAGAAGUAUAUGAAUGAAAGAGAAAAUAUUUUUUUAUAUAAUUAUUACAUAACUAAUAUAAUCUUUAUUUUGUUUAAAAAUAUAAAUAAAGAUAUGAGUAUAGAAUCAUCUGUGUACUGUUCUGAUAUACUAAAAACAAUAUUUGAAUAUUGUGCAAAUUUUGAAAACAUAAAUUUUUUAUUUUUUAUUUUUAAUAUAAGAACAACAUGGAAGGAAUUAUAUUUGCUUUCAAAAGAUAUUUUUUUUAAAACUGUAAGUAUAGUUCUGUUAAAAAAACAUAAUUUUUCAUGUUUAAAUAAUUCUUUUAUACCAUUAAUGAAUUCUCAUAAACAAGUUGAUCAUUCGUUUUCCGCGUUUUUAUUAAAUCUGUGCUUUGUUUCGUUAAAUUAUAACAACUAUAUUAAAAAAAAAGGAAAUAUAUUAGAUAAUAAUAUUAAAAGGAACAUGAUAUCCAUAAAGUCAAAUAAUUUAAAAUUAAAUAUGAAUGAAAGAAAUUCUACAGAUUUUUUUAAUUGCUUUAUUAAAUUUAAUGAUAUUGCAGAUAUAAAACACAAUAAUAAGCAUUUAAUUAACUAUAUAGAAUAUUUAUUUAAUGAUAAUUAUAAAUAUAAUAUUUCUAGAAAUAUCCCUUUGUAUAUAUUAGAAAAUUUUAUUCAUAAGAUUAAAAAGGAAAAUAUAAUGAAAUUAACAAAACAUAAGGAUUUAGAAAAUAGUAUAAUGUAUAAACUAGCUUAUUAUAUAAAUGAAUUUAUAUUAUAUUUAAAAGAUAAUAUUAAUUUUAAUAAUGAAAUGGAAAUAUCAGAUCUCAAUAAGUUUCUGGAAAUAAGUUUAUGCCAAUAUUUGACUUACAUAAAUUUUGAUAAUUUUAAAUUAUUUUCAUUUUUAAAUAAUGGUUUUUCUUGUAGCUAUUUAAUAUUAUUAAAAAUAUACAUGUGUAAUAUUCUUUAUUAUUUUUUUAAUUAUUUAAAUUUUUUAUUUUUAAAUAAUUCUAACAAUUUCUUUUUUGAUUGUAGAGGACAUAUAAUUUUCAGAAACGAAAAUGAAAAAGAAGCAUCAUCAAUAAUAGUUUGGUUAUCUAUUAAAUAUAUAUGCACAUUAAUAACAUCAAUUGUUGAUUUUUCUUUUAAAUUUAAUAUUACGUCUACCAAAAAUAACUCUAACUUAUUUUCUGUUAAUAAUAAAAUAAAAAAUAGAAUUGUGAGUAAUCAAAUAGAAGAAAAAAAUAAAAAUAAAGAAAAAAUAAAUUUAAUGAAUGACAAAAAAAAUAUGGAAAAAAUAAAUUUAAUAAAUGACAAAAAAAAUAUGGAAAAAAUAAAUUUAAUAAAUGACAAAAAAAAUAUGGAAAAUUUAAAUAAUAUUAAUGAAAAAAAAAAUAUGGAAAAUUUAAAUAAUAUUAAUGAAAAAAAAAAUAUGGAAAAUUUAAAUAAUAUUAAUGAAAAAAAAAAAAAUGUGUCUGUAUACUUUUUUAAUAAUAAGGAAAUUCAUUUUAUAAUUCAAAAUCUUUUAUGUUUAUUAUUAUACUCUAAACACGUAGCUUGCCAACAAUAUUUGUCUGACUGUUUAUUAAAUAUCUGUAAAAUUAUAGUUUUAAAAUCUAAUGAUGAAAUUCAAACAAUUCCAUUAUUCUAUAUAUAUUUUAUUUUACUUAUUUUUAAAGAUGAUAACAAUAUAAAAAAAAAAAUGAAUGAAAAAGAUAUAGAACCAAAAAGAUCAUUUAAUAAGGAGAAUGAUUAUUCUGAUCAGAAUGACACUAUAAAUGAUAGUAUAAAAGAUAACAUAAAUAAUAAUAAUGAUAAUAAAAAUUCUGAAUUAUUAAAUAAAAUUAUCAUCAAUUUAAAUAAAAUCCUAAUUUCUAAAGGGGAUAAUAAAGAUUUGAAUGAUAUUUUAUCAACGAAUUUUAUUAAGGUUAAUUUUAAUAUAGAAAAUUCACAAAAAGCACAUAUAAAUUAUAAAAAUGAAAAAAAAGAUAAUAAAAAUGUAUAUGAUGAAAGGAGUUAUAUAUUUGAUUUUCAAGAUAUAAAAUUUGAAAUAAACAGAAAAUUAAUUAUUCUCAUUUUAGAUAAUAAAAAAAUUAAUAUGAAUUUUUUACGAAAAUCUAAUAAUAUGUGUUUAGCUUUAAAUUCAUUAGCCAAAUCAUAUAGAAUAAAAGAGCAAUAUAUUAUUUAUAAUUUUAUAAUAAAAAUAAUUAUAAAUUAUUUAUAUAAUGGUAAUAAUAAAUAUAAAAAAGUUAUUUGUUUAAAUAUUAUAAAACAUAUAUAUACUACUAUAGAUAGUAAAACUUUAUAUGAGUAUAUUAAUGAUAUUUAUAAAAUAUCACUAAUUUAUUAUAAAAGUAAAUUUUUUUGUUUAAAAAGUUCAAGUACAUCUUUAUAUAACAUUUUAACAAAAAGAUUAUUAUCGAAACUAAAUUUUUCGUAUCAUGUAUCAUCAAAUGUAUUUUAUUUUUGUACAGGAAGCAAAAAUAGAAUAUUUAAAAACAUAAAUUUAACAUUUUUUGAUUUACUUAAUUCGAUCAAUUUACUAAAAAUAUUUUUAAAUGUUUUUAUAAAAAAGUGUCAAUUGUUAAAUAAUGAAUUUUGUAAUAAAUAUAAAUAUGAAUCCUUUUUCGAUUAUUCUAAUUUUUUUGCUGAAUUUAUUCCUAUAUUAAUAUUUUUAUCAAAUAUAAUAAUUUUUAAUAAUGAAGAUUAUUUUUUACUAUAUAACAAUAAGGGGGAUUUAUCAUCUACAUUUAAAAUAUAUGGAAAUAUUCAAAAAAAAACAUUUAAUUUUAUUAACAAUAAUAACAAAUCAUCUAAACAUAAUAAUUACAUUAAAGAUGAUAUUUAUAAUUAUGUAAGUGAUAGUGAAAAUAAUUAUCAUGAUAUGAUAAAUAAUAAUAAUAUAAAUGAUAAUGUAAAUAGCAUAAAUAUUUAUUUCCUUUUUUUAAGGUAUUUUAAAAAAUUAUUUAUUUAUGGUAAUUAUUUUGUACAAGCUCUGAUAUGUAGAAUAAUUGUUAAUGUGUACUUGCAUAUUUAUCUAAAAUUAAAGAAAGAAAAUUUAAUUUUCAAUUUUUUAAAUAAAAUAGUAAUAAAUAUAAUUAAAAAAAAAAAGAAAAAUUGCUACUUACUUUUAUUUAUUGAAUUUAUAAGGAGAAAAGAGUCCAAAACAUUAAUUGACAAAAAUAACGGAAAAUUUAGGAAAAUAUUUUUUCAUUUUGUUAAUAUAUUUAUAAAAAGUAAAACUUAUUCAGAAAUCCUUUUAAUUUUACAAAUUUUAAAUAUACUGUAUAGCAAAAUACUUAUUUCUGUAAACAAAAAUUUGGUAACAAUAUUAUAUAAUAAACUGUUAUUAUAUAAAGAUAUGUUUUUAUCCGUUUUAAUCAAUGAAUUGUUAAUGAAAAUAACUAAAACUAUUAAUAAUUUUAUUUCUAUUUUAGAGUUACAUUUGUUGAAUAAAAAUGAAAAUUGUAUAGAAGCUUUCUUAUAUAAAUGGAAAUUAUUUAUAAAGAAAAGAGAAAAAAAAGAAUUUAAAAAAAAAGAGAAUGAAAUAAAUAAAUUACUAAAUUAUAAUUCUUGUAAUUUUUUUUUUGAAUAUAAUAAAAACAAAUAUAGUUCUUUAAAAAAAAAUGAAUCCAAUAAUACGGAUGAAUCUUCAUAUGAUAAUCUAAAUAAAAUAGAUGAAAAUGUAGAUGAAAGAGUAUAUAUAUAUAUUUAUUUAUUACUAUUUGAAAUUAUUAAUAUGUAUAACGAUAAUAUAAAAAUAAAAAAAUAUUGUUUUAGCAUUUUAUUAACAGUAGUUAAAUUUAUAUGUAUUGAUAAUUUAGCUUUAUUUGAUAAGAUGCAACAAUAUUAUUUAAAAUACAAAGAUAAAAAUUAUUUAGAUAAGUAUAUUAUACAUUACAGUUACCUUGUUUGUGUAAAAUUUUUUAAUAAUUAUAAAAAAGAAGAUAAUGAAAGAGAGAGAAAUAAUCUUACAGAAAAUGAUUUCUUUAAAAGGAUAUUUGAAUAUAUAUACGAAGAAAAAAAAAAAAGAGUAUCUUCAAUAAAUUGCAAUUUUGAUGAUUAUAUUUUUGAUUAUGCCUAUUUUUAUUUUCUUCUUUUUAUGAAUUUUCUUUCAAUACUAUAUAAUAAAAAUUCAACUUCAUAUACAAAAUAUUUCGUCAAUGCAUUUAUCAAUUAUGAUAUAAUUGAAUAUAAUUAUUUAUUUAUAGAAAAGGAAGAAGUAAAAUUAAGAAAAAUGAACAACUAUUUACAUAAUAAUAUUAAAAAAAAUGAAAAUGUUUUGAAUAAAGAAGUAAUUUCUUCAGAAUACCAUAUGAGUGAUCAUUUUUUUUCUGAAGGAAAAAAAAAAGAGAAAAAAGAAAAUUUUGAUAUUAUUAAAUGUUUCAAAAAAAAUAAUUGUAUUCUUAAAAAUUAUAAUAAAAUACAUAAUAAUUAUUAUUAUAAUCAUUUAGAAGGAAAAAACCAAAAUAAUUACAAUUGCAAUUACAAUAAUAAUAAAUGUUGUGAAAAUAUAAAUGAAAAUAAAAAAUAUUUAAAGUGGUAUAAAAGCGAUUUAAACAGAAAUAUAAGAGAAAUGAUAUAUAAAAAAAUAAAUAAUCAAAAUAUUACUUCUGAUAUAAUUUAUAUAAAAAAUCCACUGAAGCAUUUGAGAACAUAUAAUUUAUUUACGAGUUUUUUUAUAUUAUUGUAUAGUUGCUUAAUAUUUAUGUUAAAUGAUGAAAAUGAAUUAAUAAGAUACAAUACUAAAAUUUUAAUUUUAUAUUUUAUGAAUAAAAAUGUGAUAAAUAUAUCUAAAAACAUGAACAAUGUUACAUGUACUGACUUCUUCAUUUAUUAUAUUAUAAAAUUUUAUAAUAAAAUAUCAUUAAAUAUUUUAUCAUUUUGUAUAUAUCAAACGAAAAGUUGUAUCAAAAAUAAAUUUUAUUAUAAUCCCAUUAAAUUAUUUGACCAAGAAAAAUAUAAUUUAUAUAUAAAUAAUAUAUCACUAAAUCAUUUGUUUUUAUUUUAUUAUUUAUUUAGUAUCACAAUUAACCUUCAAAAUGUACACAGUAUAAAACGGAAAAAUAUGAAAUUAAAUAACCAAAUGAAAAAUAUGAGUAUGGAUAGUAACGAUGUUAAAAGUGAUGAUAAUUGUAAUAUAAGCUUUCAAGAAUAUUCUGAAAGUAAAUAUAGUAAAAUAAAUUACUUGAAAAAUGAGCAAAAUAAAAAAGAGAUUAUUGAUUUUUAUAUAUUUUUAGAUAUAUUAGACAAUAAAAAAAAAGAAUGUUUUGUAAACAAUAUAAAAAUGAAAAGUUUUGAUGUAAAUAUAACAAAUGAUAAAAUAAAUUUCGACAAUUAUAAUUUAUAUUUAUUAAAAUAUCGCCGAAUAUGGAAAUAUUUAUUGAGUAAUAUAAAAAAGAAUAUGUUAAGUCGUGAAGAUGACGGUUCAUUAACUAAUAAUAUAAAACUCAUUGAAAUAUUUUAUUCCACCUUAAAAAUGAAUUAUAUUCUUGAUAUUAAGAAAAGCCUAAAUGAUUACUUGAAUAUUUUAAUGUCUAAUAAAAUAGUUGAUUUUUUCGACUCUAAUUUCGUUAUUUGCUUAAGUAAUUUAUUUAAUAAAAUAAUUAUUCUCUUAAUCAACUUGUAUAUUUUUUUUCAAAAAAAAACAACUUUAUAUUACAACAGUUACUUUUAUGAUGAGAUAAUUAAAAUUAAAAGUAGUAUGACAUGUAUUUAUGAUUAUUUUAAAUUAACAAAAAAUGAAAUUAAUCCAUUUUUAUAUAAAAGUAUGGAGCUUUUAUUAGGUAUAUUGAAUAAUGCUUUUCUUACGAACAAGAACUUCUUUUUGGAUAUAUUUGUAUUACUUUACUCUUUGAAAUAUUCUAUAUAA